CGUGCGCUACCAUUCGGGCUUUUAGAUCGCGUCGUCUUUGAGCUUUUGCUCUUAAGUCUCGUCUCGCUGUCACGCUGUGCUUCGCUUUGAAUUCCACGGCGGAGUGGAAGGGUUUUAUUGAGGAAAUAGAAUCAUGGGAUGCUUUUCUUGCUGCGAGGAAGAUAUUCAUGGAGCAGCUGACAAUGGAGCUCCUUAUAAGUCGAGCCAUUCAGCAGGUAAUGAUGGGUUCUACCGUGCUUCAGAUCCUACCCCAAAAGGUGCACAAGUUGUAAAAGUUCAGCCCAUUGCUGUCCCUGCUGUUUCUGUAGAUGAACUGAAGGAAAUAACAGACAAUUUUGGGAACCAGGCAUUGAUUGGUGAGGGUUCAUAUGGUAGAGUAUAUUAUGGUGUCCUUAAAAAUGGUAGAGCAGCAGCCAUAAAAAAGUUAGACACCAGUAAGCAACCAGAUCAGGAAUUACUGGCACAGGUGUCUAUGGUUUCGAGGUUGAAACAUGACAAUUUUGUUGAGUUGCUUGGAUAUUGUGUUGAUGGAGGUCUUCGAGUCCUUGCUUAUGAGUUUGCAACAAUGGGCUCUCUUCAUGAUGUUCUUCACGGACGGAAAGGUGUUAAAGGCGCAGAGCCUGGUCCUGUUCUGUCAUGGGCGCAGCGAGUGAAGAUUGCUGUUGGUGCAGCUAAAGGUCUUGAAUAUUUGCAUGAGAAAGCACAACCACAUGUUAUUCACCGAGACAUCAAGUCGAGCAAUGUUCUACUAUUCGAUGAUGAUGUUGCGAAGAUUGCUGAUUUUGAUCUAUCAAAUCAAGCUCCUGAUGCAGCAGCACGUCUUCAUUCCACUCGAGUUCUUGGAACAUUUGGUUAUCAUGCUCCAGAGUAUGCAAUGACCGGACAGCUUAGUUCAAAGAGUGAUGUCUAUAGUUUUGGUGUGGUUCUUCUGGAACUCUUGACUGGUCGGAAGCCUGUGGAUCAUACAUUACCACGAGGGCAGCAAAGUCUUGUUACAUGGGCAACACCAAGAUUGAGCGAAGACAAGGUCAAGCAAUGUGUUGAUACAAGGCUAAAUGGAGAGUAUCCUCCAAAAGCUGUUGCUAAGCUGGCUGCUGUAGCUGCUUUGUGUGUUCAGUAUGAAGCUGAUUUUAGACCGAACAUGAGCAUCGUCGUUAAAGCUCUUCAACCGCUCUUGCACGCACGUUCAGGCCAUCCUGGUGAAACCGCAUGAUAUCGAUCUUAAAGCAUUUCUUCCACAAUUGCUUUUUAUUUUUUCGCCAAGUUUGCAGAAUACCGGUGUGUGAAGAUAUAUAUAUUUUUUCUUCCCUUUUUUUGAUCGUGCUGUAGAUUUCAUGCCUACUAAAUAGAAACGCUAAAAGAAUUUAAGCGUAUUGUAUUUGGGUUCCUUUAAUUCAUUAUAAAUAAGUUCUGUCGGUGCCGUAUUUUUUCU